AACGCCAAAAAUCGGAAAAACCAUCGGCCGGCCAGUUGUUUACAAACGUUUUCGUGUUAAGUUGUUUCAGUUUUUUGCGGUUUUUUCCUGUUAUAAUUAGUAUUUAAAACACAACAAGUACUUUAUGAACGAUGCCGAUGUCAGCGGAAGUGGACUUGGCUGAAGUUUUCUUUAAUGAUGAAGACCUCCCGUACGAGGAGGAAAUCCUUCGGAAUGCGUACUCGGUCAAGCACUGGAUGCGAUAUGUGGAGCACAAACGAAAUGCACCCAAGUUCGUCAUCAAUACGGUGUUUGAGCGAGCGCUCAAGGAGCUGCCGGGAUCGUACAAGCUGUGGUACAACUAUCUGAAAACGUUGCGACGCCAGGUCAAGGGUAAGUGUAUCAACGAUGGGGAGUACGAAGAAGUUAAUAAUGCUUUCGAGCGGGCACUGGUGUUUAUGCACAAGAUGCCCCGCAUUUGGAUGGAUUACUGCACCUUUAUGACCGGGCAGUGUAGGAUCACGAGGACUAGGCAGGUGUUUGAUCGGGCAUUGCGGGCUCUACCGAUUACCCAGCAUCAGAGGAUAUGGCCGCUGUAUUUGGAGUUUUUAAAACGGUUUGACAUUCCGGAAACGGCUGUGCGAGUUUGGCGGAGGUACUUGAAGUUGUGCCCGGAAGAUGCUGAAGAUUACGUGGAGUUUUUGGUUUCGAUUGGGCAUUUAGAUGAGGCAGCUCAGCAGCUGGCAAAUAUUGUAGACAAUGAGAACUUCGUUUCGAAGCAUGGCAAGUCGAAUCAUCAGCUGUGGAAUGAGCUGUGUGAGCUGAUAUCCAAGAAUCCGGAUAAAGUUCACUCGUUGAAUGUAGACGCCAUCAUUCGGGGAGGUUUGCGAAGGUACACGGAUCAGUUGGGACAUUUGUGGAACUCGUUGGCAGAUUACUACGUUCGCAGUGGUCUUUUCGAUCGGGCCAGGGAUAUUUACGAAGAAGCUAUUCAGACAGUAACGACUGUCCGAGAUUUUAGUCAGGUUUUCGACGCAUACGCGCAAUUCGAAGAGUUGAGUUUGAGUAAGGUCAUGGAGGAGAUGGCCAAAAAUGCUACUCCAACUGAAGACGAUGAAGUCGAUGUUGAAUUAAGGAUGGCUCGCUUCGAAUACUUGAUGGAACGACGUUUGUUGCUACUUAACAGUGUUCUACUCAGACAAAACCCUCACAACGUUGCAGAAUGGCACAAGCGAGUGGAACUGUACGAAGGAAAACCUCACGAAAUCAUCAAUACCUACACUGAAGCAGUCCACACAGUUCAACCGAAACUAGCCGUUGGUAAACUUUAUACACUCUGGGUAGAAUUUGCCAAAUUCUACGAAACCAAUAGUCAGCUAGAAGACGCGAGAAUCGUUUUUGAAAAAGCCGUUCAAGUUGAUUAUCUGAAAGUUGAGGAACUCGCCAGCGUUUGGUGUGAAUGGGCCGAAAUGGAAAUCCGCACCGAAAACUUUGAUCAAGCUUUAAAGAUCAUGCAACGUGCAACGGCAAUGCCCAAGCGCAAGGUUGCUUAUCACGAUGACACCGAAACUGUCCAGAUGCGUGUCUACAAGUCGCUCAAACUUUGGUCCAUGUACGCUGAUCUGGAGGAAUCUUUCGGCACCUUCCAAACGUGCAAACAAGUCUACGAUCGAAUAAUAGACCUUAAGAUCUGCACCCCUCAAAUCAUUAUCAACUAUGGACUCUUCCUGGAGGAGCACAACUAUUUUGAAGAAGCUUUCAAGGCCUACGAAAAAGGCAUUUCGCUUUUCAAAUGGCCAAAUGUGUACGACAUUUGGAACACUUACCUUACGAAGUUUCUCAAACGUUACGGAGGUCAAAAGCUGGAACGUGCCCGGGACCUUUUCGAGCAAUGCCUCGAUGGUUGUCCCCCAGAAUUGGCUAAAAGUCUGUACCUCCUCUAUGCCAAACUAGAAGAGGAACAUGGACUCGCUCGCCAUGCCAUGGCCGUUUAUGAGCGAGCCACCACCGCCGUCAAGGAAGAAGAGUCUUUCGCCAUGUUCAACCUGUACAUCAAGAAAGCUGCCGAGAUCUACGGCAUCCCACGAACCCGUCAGAUCUACGAAAAGGCCAUCGAAGUCCUGCCAGAAGCUCAAUCGCGACAGAUGUGUGUCCUGUUCGCCGAAAUGGAAACCAAGCUGGGAGAAAUUGAUCGGGCUCGAGCGAUCUACGCUCACUGUAGCCAGAUGUGUGAUCCCCGCAUCACGGCCGAGUUUUGGCAGACGUGGAAAGAGUUCGAGAUUCGUCACGGCAACGAGGACACCAUGCGUGAAAUGCUGCGCAUCAAGCGAUCCAUCCAGGCAACCUACAACACCCAGAUCAAUAUGAUGUCGGCCACGUUGAUCAAUUCGGCCGUCACCGGGGCUGGUUCGGAUGGGCCACGAGAUGCUAUGCGGGUGCUGGAAGCCAAGGCAGCGGAAACGGCUGCUCGAGCUAUUGCUGCGGUUGGCGCAUCCGGAGGCAAUAUUAUGUUCGUCAGGGGUGAAACUCAGGGUGGGUCCAAGAAGGCCGAUAAGGUUGUCAAUCCGGAUGAAAUUGACAUCGAUGACGAAGAGGAUGAUGAAGAAGAUGAUGAGGAGGAAGACGAAGCUGGAGAAGGUGCGAGUGAAGCAGCAGAGGUCGAUAUCAGCAAGAAGAUACCGAUUCAGAAACAAGCCGUUCCUGCGAAGGUAUUUGGUAGCUUGAGGCGAGAAAACGAGGAUGAGGAAGAUGAAUAAAUGUGUUUUUAAGGAACCGUAA